UUAGUGCUCCUCCCUUCUCUGUUUGAAGGGUAGGAGUGGCCCGUUUUUCUUUAUCAACUCCACUUUGAGCUGCGCCACUGUUUCAUACACGACCAGUCGUCGGCCACCCACUGGCGACGUUUUUGUGGAGCGCGAAAUCGUUUUACGAGCAAAAUAAAGAAUUCGGAGUGUAAAAUAUUUGUUGUAGGUCAGUAGGCUCGAAUAACGAUUUUCAGUUCUGAAAAUGAGGUUACUGUGGAAACUGUAAGUGUAAGCUACAGGAACAAGUCCAUAAAAUACAUUAGGAGCAGAAGACGGAUCUCCACACCCUUCGCCAGGUUAGGUUGUUUGAGGACUGAUAAAAGACGAUGGAUGAAAGCCCUCAGCAGACUGUGCAAGGCCUGGGGUCUCUCCCGUUCUAUGUGGGAGGGACCCAGGUGUUGGGCCUGGCCUGUGUGGUGAUCACGGGUGUGUGGAUGGGUAGCUACCACGGAGGCUACGCUUGGGACGGCACCCAACAGGAGUUCAACGUACAUCCUCUCUGCAUGGUGCUGGGAAUGGUCUUUCUCUAUGGAGACGCAAUCCUGGUGUACAGAGUGUUUAGGAAUGAAAGUAAACGCAACGUCAAGAUCCUCCAUGCUGUGCUCCACUUCCUGGCCCUGAUUAUCAGCAUUGUGGGCAUAGUGGCUGUGUUUGACUAUCAUAACCAUGAGAAGAUCCCCAACAUGUACUCGCUCCACAGCUGGUGUGGUAUGCUCACCUUCCUUCUCUUCUGUAUACAGUGGCUGAUGGGGCUGGGCUUCUUCCUGUUCCCUGGGACUUUAACCUCCAUGCGGAGUUGGUAUCUGCCCCUUCAUGUGUUCUUUGGCCUGGCCAUGCUCGCCAUGUCCCUGGCCACCUGCCUCCUGGGCAUUUCAGAGAAAUUGUUCUUCGCCAUCCAGGCCACAUAUUCCCAGUUUGUGCCAGAGGGGAUCCUUGGGAAUGUGCUAGGAAUGCUGCUAAUAGCUUUUGGGAUUCUGAUAGGCUACAUAGUGACACGGGAGGACUUCAGAAGACCCCCACACCCAGAGGAAGAGGCAUUAUCUGUGCACUUCAAGACCCUGACAGAGGGAGGGAGCCCCUCCUCACCGUAAUUUCACCUAAACCAGGAAACACUGGUCCAGGAAAUCUGUGUAUAUAAACAAAUCUGCUUUAUUAGUGUCUUUGUUUCUGCGGUCUCAACAGCUACACCCCCUUGUGGCCAGACAUAGGUGUGACCAGAGCCAUAGAUUUGCACAAACUCUUAGAAAAGACAGGGGGCUAAACUCGAACAUACGCUGUUUUAGCGCAAACAUUGCCAUUGAGCACUUUCGACCGUUUCAGUGUAGUCAACCAAUUGGGUUGUCCAAAUUGUGUCUGUGGUGCUCUCUGUGCACUCGGACACCAAUAUGAUGAUCCUUUUCUGACAAUCUCUGGGAUGGAUUCAUUUUUUUGGAUGUUCCAUAUUCCAUUGUUCAUUCACUGGAAAAUGUAGAAUCUUCUAUAUUGCUGUGUCUAAAACUGUCAACUGCUGUUGGUCAAUAUAUGUGCAGCUGCCAUAGGAUGUCCUAUAAAUGCAUAAUAAAGAAACCUCAAUGUC